AUGGCGGCCGUACAGAACCAAAAUAGCGCUCUUCCAAAUUUAAAGAAUUUGACCCGCGAAAACUUCGGUAAGCUGUCCAACCAACAGCACAAGGUAAGCUUUGUACCACUUGGUUAUAAACGCAGUAUUAGCGGCCUGCAGAAUUGGAAAACGUCCACUUCGCUGGAUCAUCUCGUUGAAGGUUCACAAGCUGCGAAAUGGCUUCAGUGUGAUGUAUAAUUUCUUCUCGGGUUGUUGUCCUUUCUUUUAGGCGCUACAAGACCUCAUCAGGCCUCAUAUAGAAUCCUUCAAUUUUAUGUCAGAAGAAGGUCUUUCGUUGGCGGUUCAGGUACUUCUGUAGCUUUUAUUUCAUAAUUAUAUAGUUUUAUUGAUAUUUUUUAAGUUGCUGUAUGCACAGGCUACCCAGACGUAGUGUGCGUCAAGUCAUUACACAAAGAGAUAAUGGUAAAGAUAUAUUUAUUUGAAAUAUUACAUAUUUUUAAAUUCUUGUUCGGUCGAAUAUCGUUGACUCUUAGGCUAGCUCCGAUCCAUCCAAUUUUUUUUUACCAUGUUGUUGACACCCACUACAUCUAGGCUGCCGGUCCUGUAUAGAGUAUUCAGAUUUUCUCUGCAAGUGUAACGAAUGUUAGUAGGACUAUAAAUAUUGAAUGACACACUUAUGGGCAAGCUAAGGUAGUGUGGUCGGCAAGAAUGUCAUGUUAGCCUACUGGUCUUACGUAGGUGAGUACAGUCUUGGUGGGUGGGUCCACUGGUGGGUGGGGUGGCUGGUGAAAACACAGGCAGCCCAUGCUCAGCAGGAAGGUUACCUGUGGUAUAAUAUUGCAUUCUCUUAAAAUAUAUGUAAACAUGGAAGAUUUGUAUGGAACUCCUUUGCAGAGGUUCGCAGUAAGAAAUGCUAUACCUUAUAUUCAUGGUCUGUUCUUGCUUCUUGUGUGGUUAUUUCCCUGAUCCGACCGACUCAAGGAAUGUUUUUUUUCAAUCCUUUGUUUUCGCCUUAAGAGAGAGCUAGGUAAACACAGUCUGGACAGCCACCAAACAAAGCCAAAAUUUUGAGGUUAAAAUAACCUGCGGUCACAAUUUCACCACAGAAACCAAUUGUCAAGGCAGGAGUUAGCGAACUUUGCAGUAGCCAGGGAGUGGACUUGUUAGCUUUCCAUAUAUUACUUUUUUAAGACCACUGCAGUUUUAGCCACUUGAAGCAUUAUAAUCUCUAAUGGUUGGUGUUUACAUCCUGGUUAGUGAAUUAUUCUUGGUGUCUUCAUUAUUUUAGGGUAUUUUUCCACAAGAAUUUCUCCUUGGGAAUGGUCAAAAAGUAACUCUGUACUUCACAGUAAGUCCUUUAAAAAUAAUCCAUGUUUAAAUAAAAUUGUUCAAUAUUACAGACAAAGAGAAGACUGCAUGCUGCGUGCAAAAUCUUAUAAUAUGGGGAAACAGAGACUAUGUGCAUUAAAUUUCUUUUAACUGCUGCUGACAAGCCCUGUGCUUAGACAUCUUUGUAAGGGGUCUUAAGAGAGCUUGUAAAUGGAGGGGCUUACAUCUGAGGGGACUUACAACCGAAAAAGAAAGAGCAUUUUGAAGCAAGCUUAAACAGUGCUGAUCAAAAUACAUUUUUUCAUUUGCUGGUUUUUAUUAUCGGGAAGCUUAUAUUGGGGGGCGGGGGCGGUUGGUGCUUAUAAUGAGAUGUAUUUGUUUUUUUACAAGUGGAUGGGCUCAUAACUGGGGGGCUUAUAAGUUGGAGGGUUAGUAUUAUCACAGUUUAGGGUAUAUCCCUUUAAGCCUUAAUAUCAACAUAAAAAUUCUCCAUGUAGUGAACUCCAUACAUUUCCUUGGAAUGCUAUUUGUGAGAUUUUGGUGCUAGAUCAACACAUUUUCCCUUUGUUUGGUGAUCAUUUUCUUAAUUAUCAUAACCUUUUCUGUUGAAUACUGUACUGUUAUCAUUAGGAGAAAAUUGAUGUUGGUCACUCUUGGGACUAAAAGGGAUAUAGCCUAAAAAGUAUUUUUGUUCUCUAAUAUAUGUGUACUUCUUCUGUAUUGUAAUAUACAGCCAAAGCUCUCUGUGAGACAAUUAGUAAACAAGCAAGAUGUUGUCUGAACUGUCAACCUGUUGCAAUCUCAUGGUUAGCUUCUGGGAUGAAUCUUAUUGACAAUGAUAAUUUCAUUAUAUUAGUUUCUGCUGUUUACAUGUACGUUUUCACUGCUUAUGUUUAGGAUGCUUCUAUUGGCAUUCCAACAUUAUCAGAAAACAACCUACAUGCCACACAGUACAAGGUCUUUCCUUCUGAGGUAUAUUUGCACUCAUUAGAGCUUGUGUUAUAAUCUGUCAAUUUGGUAAGAUCUGUUCUCAAGUUAAAGCAGUAUUCAUCCUAGUUUCAUUCAGAGUUUCUUUUGUUUCAUAACUGUUCAUAGUGUAAUGUUCAUUAUUAUAUAAUUUUAUGUUACUGGUAUCGUAAGUAAAUGUAAUUCAGGUGUCAGAGGUUAAGUAUGCUGCUCACAAGAUUAUCAUAGUUACCUUUCAACUGCAGCUGCUGCUCCCACAGAUUUUCUUAAGCUACCUACAAACCAAUGCAACAACUUCCAACAUUGUUGGCCCAAUAAUGCCCAGUUAUUGCAUCCAUUUGCACAAAGCUAAAAGUUUAACCAGUUUCAAACUUUGUGCAACAACUCCCAACAAUAUGCAACAACAUCAUGCAACAGGAUGUGCAAACAGAUGCAACAUGUCACAUCCAACAAUGUUGGGAGAUGUUGCACAGUGCCUCCCUAUGCUGAUCUACGUGUACUGGUGAUGGGUUUAACUGUCCCUGUUCUAAUUUUGUUUCAUAGUGUCGGGAACGUGGAACUACAUACAAAGCCAAACUUCAGGUGACUUUACAAUGGAAGCUUGAUAACCAGCUGCAAGGAAAUGUAACCAAAGCUAUAGCAAAUAUUCCCAUCAUGGUGAAGGUGAGGGUAUAUAUUCAAUAUUUUAUACUUGAUUUUAAAUUUUUAUUUUUUUGUGUGUGCGUGUUUUGGUAUGGUAUUAUGUAUGAUAAAGAGUUUGAAGCAAUGGAAAAUAAAUUAAACCUUAACAUCAGCAUCAGGGCUCAAAACCUACACUGUACUUUUAAUGACCUUUACAACUUGAUUCAGGGUCACUGCAAUUAUGGAUGGCACCAAAAAGUACAUUUGAUUUUAUUACCUAACACUAACUUCAUGUGAUCUUUUCAGUCCAACAACUGUUCCCUGGCAAAACUCACACCAAAAGAACUUGUUCGCCACCAUGAAGAAGCUGAGGUAUGUGUGGUAUCCAUGUUCGCUAUGAGCUUCAUUGGUUGCCAGUUUUUUAUUGUAUAUAUUUUAAAACUUUAAGUAUUAUUAGCUAAUCAAUUAGCAAUAGGUCCUGUUUUAUGUAUUCAUUGAGAUUACAUUGCUUUAUCGUGUUGGACCAUCCUAAGACCAUCCUACUAGAUUGUUUUCCACUGCUGCCCCUACAUUGAAGAACAGCCUUCCUGCGCAUAUCCAUGAUAUCGAAUCACUGUGCACUUUUAAGGGACAUGUCAAAACAUAUCUUUUUAUAUUAGCUUUUACGUAGUUUUAAAAUAUUUUUUAUUUUAUUUUCAUUUUAUAAAUUUUUUUUAAAUUAGUAUUUUUACUAUUUUUUACUUUUUUAUAGGUUUUAUUUAUCAUAGAUUCAUUUUAUAAAUUUUUAAAACUAGUAUGUAGACAAUGUACAACACUUUUGAUCAUUCUUUAUGUUAAAAGGCACUAUAGCAAAUUAAUAAAUCAUCAUUAUCAUCAUUUUUAUUAUUAUUAUUAUUAUUAUUAUUAUUAUUAUUAUUAUUACCAGUGAUGCACAUGUACUAUUAAUGUCAGUGAAAAGUAUUUUUUAAUAUGGUGGUAAAAUCUCUGCAUCCUGUGUUCCUUUUCUUUCUUUGUAGGAAGCUGGAGGUUAUUUUAUAAUAAACGGUAUUGAAAAAGUAAUAAGAAUGCUCAUACUGCCAAGGAGAAACUUUGUAAGUUCACCAGCUCUUCAUCCUUUAAGCCCCAAUAUCCACACACAAAUUCCCUACACUGAUCUCCAUACAUUUUAUGAAAGGAUAAGUUGAGGUUUUGACAAAAGAUCAAAGCAUUUUUCCUUUGGUGAUCAGUUCAUCCAUUCUCAUAAACUUUUCUCUAAAUAAUGUAUGAAUAUAGUUGGGAGAAAAUUGAUUUUUACGACCGUAAGGACUUAAAAGGUUAUAUCACCAUGGAAUAGCGUUUCUUUAUAUUGUUAUGACGUCAAAACCAAUCAUGCAAUUCUGAAACUUUGGCCUCAGCCAUUACCCUGAGACCAAAAAGCCUCUGGAAGGUUUUUAAUGGACAUUUUGUAAAUUAUGUUUCAUCACUUAAAUUGUUUACUUUUGAGUGGAAACUUAUGAUUGAAGGACGAUUAAGACACCAGUUUUCUUAUCACAAGAUGCUCAAUUCUGACACCAAUGGUAAUGCUUAUGAUUAUGAUGUUGAAAAUGAGAAUUAUGAUGAUGAUGAUAAUAACAACUUUGGUCUUUUUUUAGCCAUUAGCUAUCACCAGACCAUCAUGGAAAAGUAGGGGACCUUUGUAUACAGAAUAUGGAAUACAAAUGAGAUCUGUAAGAAAAGACCAAACAGCUGUGGUGAGUAGGCUUACUUCUAAAACAUUCAUCACACAAAAAAAUCCAAAUAAUUUUCUUGUUGUAAAGUUCUCAGAAAUGUAUAGUACAAUUCAAAAGUUUUGCCAACGAGGUUUUAUUUGAAUUGUAACACCACUGGAUUUCAUCUACAGACUUAUAAUUAUUAAUGAUUUCAUUUAAUGUUAGAGUGACAAACAUAACAUUGGGAGUGAAAGGGGGUUCUCUGGAUGCUCCGGUGACCAGAGAAAAUCACUUUUGCUUGGGUAAAAUUAAUGAUGUUGUCAUCCUCAUGGCUAAAAUUCCUUUCACUGGUUACUCAAAAUACCCUAACCCCCUGAAUAAAAAUUUUCCCUAGGGAUACAAUUUGCAGACUCCCACAAUGAAAUGUGGCAGCCCCCAUCCCACACCUACCCCUAUACACAGUUGUGUGCAUGAAAGACAUGCCUUUUGAUCUAAUCAGUAGCAGUCUACUUAAUUUUCCAGGUGGGUUAGCUAAUGUAAAUGUAAUGUUUCAAGCAACAAGGACAACACAACAUGGAAAUAUUCCACUAUCCUUCACAUCAGCAAAAUGCUUUUUCUGAUUUAUUGUUUUUUUCUCAUAGAAUUUGGUUCUUCAUUACUUAUCAGAUGGAGUUUUAAUACUGUCUAUCAACUACAGGAAAGAGUUAUUUUAUAUUCCUCUUAUUUUCAUUCUGAAGGUAGGUUAUUUAACCUUUAUUGUGUUCAAAACCUGUUACCUGUAAUUUUUUUAGUGUUUUAUUUAUGUUUUUAUCAUAUUAAUUUUUCUAGUUAUCUAACCAGUAAUAAUAAGAAUAAAAUUCAGAGGGGUGCUUUUUCAGAUCAAUUGUCAUAAUUUGUUUUACAAGAUGGGUAGAUCUUCAGAGUGGGUGAUAAAUAUUCUAAAACUUGCUUACUGUGCUUUUCAGUCACAUGGAGCCACUUAAAGUUUAAAAAAAUGUAACUAGUUACAUUUUUUGCUUCUGUCCAUCAUUAUUACAGUGACUAACAAUAGACCUUGAAAAAAAAAGAAACAAUAAAAAAGGGAUCAAAAUCUACCAGUUACAGUCCACUGACAUGAUCUUUUGAACCCACUGAAGAAUACCUGACAUGUUUUCUGAGUGAUCAUCUUUCUUUUUUCAAGGCUCUGAUAAACACUACAGAUCAACAGAUUUACUGUGACCUGGUAGCUGGUGAAGAAGAUAAUACUUUCUUGAAAGAGUAAGUCACCCCUGGUUUUAGAGUGAAAGAAAACGAUCCCCAAAUUUUCAUUUUGCUAAUUGUCACAAAUGUUCACAUAAUCAUCACAAUUUAUUGCACAUGAAAAUGGCACAAUGCAAUACACUAUUGUAUUGUGGUACGUCACCCCAAAACAAUAUUUUGGGGCUUUCUUUUGACUUAAAAACACACAUACAAGUCAUGCAAAAAUAAAAUUUCAAGGCAUUCCCUGCUUUACUACAUGUUACCCCUUGGAGAACUGAAUGUCAAAGUUUAGAAAAAACAAAAGAAAACAGGACAAGUUUCAGAUCAUUGAUAUAAAAAGUAUACAAAAAAAUGAUAAUAUAAUGUGCAAAAGUCCUGCUAAAGGGGUUUUAUUUGAAUGAUCACACAAUGUAAUUUUUUCUGGACAGACCCAAAAGUCAGAACUAGAAAAGUUAGGUGUUGGACAAAUUACUGAGGUGUUUGUUUCAAAUUCUUGGAAUUUAGUAGCCUGCAAAACAGGUGCUAUGCGAGUGAUUAUACUAUUCUUGGGACUUAAUGCCAUCCCACCAUACAAAAUUGAUUUCAAGGUAGAGGAUCACAAGAUAUAGGAGAGGUAGCGGAGGGAGAGGGAAAAAACCCCUUUUUUCUCCCUACCCCUCUCCCCUUGCUCACCCCUCCUCCCUCAGUUUGUUAUUUGCCUUUAAGAUGGUGGCCUAGGGAAGGCUUGGAAAUUAUAGGUGUUUUUUGUUAAAAUGCUUCUUGUUUCUUUUUUUAGCUGUAUUGCCUCUAUGUUAAGGACAGCCCAGUCAGAGGGUGCCGCGACACAAAGGGCUAUUCUUAAUUAUAUUGGUAAGACAUCUGUGAAAUGUUCCUUGCCUUAAGCCCUUCAAUACAAGAAAAAGAAACAAAUUUCUCUUUAUAUAAUCUUAAGAUGUAAAUAAUACUGUGCAAAAGUUCUGGCAAAGAGGUUUCAUUUGAAUGGUAACACCAUAGAAUUUGGUCCACAGACUCACGCAAAAGGUAGAACCACAUACUUAAUAAAUAGUACUAUGUGAAAGUACUGCUGAAGAGGUUUCAUUUGAAUGGUAACACCAAAGGAUUUCAUCCACAGACUCAAAAGUUAGAACUACAUACUAAAUAAAUAGUACCAUGUGAAAUUACUGCUGAAGAGAUUUCAUUUGAAUGGUAACACCAUAGGAUUUUGUCCAAAGAUUUACAAGUUAGAGUAUUUUGCCAGAACUGGUAAAUUAUUGAAAUGCUCUCAUUGAUGACCAUAAAUACUGCUUUACAGUCAACUCUGCUUAAAACAAACACCAUUGCCACCAUUAGAGAGUGAAGUGAAGUAAAAAAAAUGUUAGGAACAGAUGCAAAGACUUUGUUCGUUUUGGGAGCUGUCUGUGUUACAAGUGUAUUUGUAGAGAGAUUUGACAGUAAUGCCAACUAAUAUAUUCGAUUGUCUGCUAGGUGAAAGGUUUAAAGUCAAGAUGGGCUUACCAGAAUGGUACACAAAUGAUGCUGUAGCACAAUAUCUUGUCCAGUGAGUCAUUUUUUCCUUGUUUUUAUCGCUGUGAACUGAGUAUGUGGCACUUUCAGUCAGUUUGAUUAAUUUCAAAUUGUUUGUUUUACUUCUGAAUAUCAGACAAUGUAUAUGUGUUCAUCUGGAUUCAAAUAAGGACAAGUAUAAUUUAUUGGUGUAAGUAUCAACCAGACAAUUUUUUUCAGUACUGUACCGUUUCAUCAUCAGCACGUGAUCAUGAUCAUCAUGUCAUGUCAUUGACAUCACCAUCAUCAUCAACAUCAUCAUCAACAUCCAUCCAUCCUUAUCAUCAUUAUUAUCGUUUUUGGUGAUUAUAUCCCUAAAGCAACUGCAGGUGCGUCGCCAUGAAAGAGCUGUUGUUGUCAUGACCAGCUUAAUUUACCGUUGGUUGCAUCUAAGCGUGUACACGUGACGGAAAAACAUGUUCUAAUAUUUGGUUGAAAACAAGACAUGUUUUGCUGCCGAACUGUUGAUGUUUGAGUUGGCCGUAAACGAAUGUUCAUGAAUGUUCAGGUGUAAAGUAGGUAGCUGUUUGUCAGCUUGAUUGGUUUUCGAUCAACAAAAUAUUCAUCGCAAGACGUUAAGAAAAAUUUAUGGAGUUGCAAAACUCCAGAGAAUAAUUCUUAAAAGCAAGUGUGCUGUUUCUGAGCGAGAAAUAUUACUGAAAAUUGAGAAAAAUGAAAGAUGAGCGGGACGUGCUGAUCAAGAGCAUGUAAACAACUUACCUUUGGCACGACAGUUUGCUUUAAACGGCUGUAAAACGUCAAAUGUUUGGCGACAAAACACGUCAUGUCUGGCACCCCAUUAGAACACGUUGUUUUGUCUCGCGUCCACGCUUAGAUGGAACCGACGGUAAUCAUUGAUAUAUUUCUUGGGCGCCCUAUCAGUUAAUUAUCUGAUUUGCCUACUCAUCACUUUCCAUUAUCCGUAAAUCUCUUUAUUGUAGUUUUAUGGCAAGGAAACUUUACACAUUGGCACUGGAAAAAUGCGCAGCCGAGUCAGCGGACAGUCCUAUGAUGCAGGAAGUACUGCUUGGCGGUCAUUUGUAUUUAAUGUCAUUAAAGGUAGGCCAAGAUACUGUAAAAUUCCGAAAAUAAGCCCCUCCAUGUAUAAGCCCCUCCAAAUAUAAGCCCUCCAAACCGGUAAUGCAAAAAACGCCCCUCCUAAUAUAAGCCCCCUGGGGGCUUGUACAUGGAAAAUUGCCCUCAAAUACAAAAUAAAACAAAGCAAAAACGGUAAUUAACUUCCAACUAUAAGGCUAGCCCAAUCGUGAAACGCAAAUUUCCCUCCGUAGAUAAGCCCCUCCAAAAAUAAGCCCCUCAAAAAGUGCCUUUGAAAAAUAUAAGCCCCGGGGCUUAUUUUCGGAAUUUUACGGUAGUUCAUUCGACCCCACCCAGACCAGCUUGUCAAGGCCAUGUUUAUGUAGAAUAAAAUAGCGAGCUUAAGCAACAACGACUGCCACGGCUACGAAAACGUCCCUUAAAAGGUACAGUUGCGCUGCUUCAAACUUUUUCCCGCUUAUUCCAUCUUGUUCAGUUCGUCAAAUGUUGGCAAUUUUUUCUGGAAUUGAAUUCAAAGACUGUAUCGAGGUUCAAGAAAAGAAAAAGAAAUUCGUCGCCUUGUGUUUACGUCCUCCACAAAACGUCAAAUUAGGCAUGUUCACGUUGUAGUCAUGAAGUGACGGCAAAGAAAUGUACAAAAAAUCGUGAUGCCCGUACAAAGUUAUUGUUUUGCCAAUCUAAACCUUUUGCUUUUUUGCCGUUCUCGUUGAGGUCGCCGUCGUCGUCGUUGCUUAAGCUUCAGAGUCAAAGAUGAAGAUGACUACCGAACAGGUUGUCGAAACGUCAGUCACUGUCAACAACAACAGUCCUAUUCAGGACUACGUUCAUCCGGACGAUCAAACUCAACCUACUUUUGAAAUGACUCCUGGGUUCAAACCUUUCACAGUUCUAUAAUAAUAAUGUUGCAAUAUAUGUUGCACGUUAUCAGUGCCCGUUAUACUGUAACUUAAAGUAGACACGAACACAGUUAGUUUUCAGUGGAAAAGCGCCGUUAACCUUCGUGGCGUGCAUUUGAAGGGGAAGAAGGGCUCCUGAGGCACCUUUUGCAUGUCAGCAAAGCUUUCUUUUGUUUUGACUCUUGUGCUAAUGCUUUUAGUAAAUAAUUAUAAUACUCAUUUCCACAGGAAAAAUUGGAGGUCUGGCUUUAUAACGUCCGUGCAAACUUGGAAAAGGAUAUCAAAACAAAACAAAAUUUUAAUCUUAAUGCAUGUGAGUAUUUCUGUUUUUUUGCUCUUUCCUCUCGAGAAUUUUUUCCAUGUAAAGGAUUAAGAAUCUAUGCUAUUACCCCAAAGGAACCUCAAAAUGGGUGGGUGAAAAUUUUUUGGAGGCGGGUGGGAUAGUGCGAGAGGUGACUUGUGGGUUUACGCAAAGGGUGCCACGAGAGAUCGGGACAAAAAUCUCUCAGGCAAUCUAUGUCAGCUUGCCUGUCUCUUGCUCAAAGAGAUGACUUGUUCGCGGGCCACUGUAAAGGAAGGGUUGGAGAUGUGUGGUUGUAAUUCAAGACGUUAGAUGGUUGAUUAAUUCAAGCAAGUAGGACGUUUUUAGUCUGGUAAGAAAGGAAAAGAAGUGGAAGAAGAUGACUUUGAAUCUCAUGUAAGAAGCUCCUUAAAAACUUAAUGCCAAGACAUCAAAGAAAUUAAAGCAAGUCAAGCCAAAAUACAGAAUGUCAUUCAACAGUUGAAGAAUGACGUGGCGACCAACAAGGAUGAGAUAACAAGAUAUGUGAAUGUACAGAUAAAGCGACUGUACUUAUAUCUAUUCUGCUUUCCGACUAAUUUUAUUCAUACUACAUUAUUCUGGAUAAUCUUCUUCCUUUAAGUGAUAAAAUCAACUUUCUCAUGAUAACAACUGCACAAUAGUAGUUAUCCUAGGUGUGCCCCUCUCCUCUUUUGUAAUAUAUUCCUUUAUAAAUAUUUCUUUAUGAUGUGUUAAUGUACUAGAAUUGAUAAAAAUAAAACACAAAUACAAAUACUCGGCUUUCGCUUCUAUCACAUGUUGCAGCUAAGAUUAGUAAUAUUACUGUUAUGGUUUGGAUAUCUUGAUAAUGAUGUUGGAUACAUCGAAAAUUGGAACAUCAUUUAUCUUAAAGUAUUCUUAUUGCAAAGUUGCGUAGGAAACUUGGGGGCAAAAUUCAACUCCUGAAACUUAACCUCUCGGCCUCUAAAAUGGCCGUUACAUUGAAAACGUUUUUCUUGCUGCGAUAUUGCCUAAGCAAGAAUUUAUCUUUGACUACGUUCCUCAAAUUUGUAAUCAAUUUUUCACAACUGCUGCAAGUUUUUCCCUCACUGUAAUAUUGUUUCUACAUUUACAGCUACUUUGUUACAGUCCAUGUCAAGAAGUACUAACAUAUCACAUCAGAUGGAGUACUUACUUGCUACUGGGAACCUUGUAUCAAGAUCGGGACUUGGACUUAUGCAGGUUAGAAUUGACAAAAUCCUUGUUAUAAAGUUAUCCGUGUAAUAAAGGUUUCCUUCCAACAGCAGUCUCUUGUUUUGUACCUGCUGACAGUCCAUACACUAGGGCAUUUAAGCGACCAUGGUGGUGAAAACAACAGGAGCGUCAAAAAAGCAAUUACAAUUACUCGGAUCAUGUCGCAUCGAAGGUAACUGACAUACCAAUGAAGCCUUGUCCAGAUGGGAUUUACUGGCUUCUUUGUUGCACCAUGAUUCUGAUGAUCUGGGAUCAUAAAUCCUGAUCCUACUAAUCCCUAGCUUGUUCCAGGCUCUCAGAUAGUAUAGUGCGGCACUAUCUCGGAGACUGGAACAGGCUAACUAAUCCCAAAGGAACGGAUUUCUUUGGAGAAUAUACAAAAAACAACUCGUACAUUACAAGUUUUAGUACUUUCCUUUUCCGUUAGUGUAAGUCUAACACGUGAAACUUACUAAUGUGAUAUUUUGCCGAGGACACAAACACUUAGACGAAAUUGUCUUUAUCCUUCCAACUUGAAUGUGCGCCUUAAAAACUCAACUCCUGGAAAGUUCGCCUGCAUUUAACAACUUGAGCAUGCUGGAAUUAUCGCAACAAAGGAAUGCGAAUGCACUCGACAAGUGACGUCGCUGCCGUAGGUCUAGUAGUUGCAUAAAAUCCCUACUCACUCCUGCUCUAAUAGCGACCUUAGGAAAUUACGACGGCGACGGCACGGAGAACGUCAAAAAAGCAACAGGUUUAACGAGCAAAACAACAACUCUGCACGUGCACGCUUUUUUGUACAUUUCUUUGCUGUCCCUGCUAUACUACGACGUGAAAUGACCAAAUUUUAAGUUUAUUUGAGAACUGGAACGGCAAGGCGAUAAAUUCUACCAUCUCUGUCUGAACUCUGGCGCGGUCCCCUCUCUUCAUCUCCAACCAAAAUUCUCUUCUUUUAAGUAACAAGGCGAAUUGGGAUAAUCGCGAAAACGUUUAAAAGGAUGCGAAGUCUAUUUUUCUCCGACGCUUUCAUGGACGUCGCCGUUGUCAGAUCGUAAGGUUCCUAAUGUCAUACGAAGGCCAACCCUUCAUGCAUUUGACUUUUGAUUGGUUCAUUUGAUUAUCAGCUCGUGAUGUGAUUGGCCAGAGUAACUGCCUCGUCUUGAAAACUCCCUACUUGUUUCUUGUAUGUUUUCUUAACAGACUUCUGGAUUUGCAGUGGUAGCUGACCGCCUUAAUUUCUACAGAUUUCUUUCCCAUUUCCGCUGUGUUCAUAGAGGUUCAUUCUUUGCGCAGAUGAGAACAACAGCUGUGAGGAAACUUCUUCCAGAGGCUUGGGGUAUGCUGUUGGCAAAUUGUUCUGUACGGUCAAACCAGUAUUAAGCGUUCGCCCUUGGGGAAUGGCUUACUGACUGCUUAAUUACAGGUUGACCGUUUAAUAUAGUUUUGAAGAAGGAAAAUUCGAACACCAGAAACCUCAGAAAAAAUUCCGAGCUCCAUGCCAGGUGGGAAUCGAACUCACGACCCUCCGAGUUCUAGUUCGGAUGCUUUAACCAUUGAGCUACUAAAAGCUCUCUGGCGAGCAGGGUCGAAAUCAUCCUCGGAGACCCAGGGGCAGCUAAUCGGGACUAUAGAAUGUUCAUGGAGAAAGUUUACUAUAAGACCGAUCAAUCUUAAAUAGAGGUAAAGACAAUGACAAAUAACUCUUUGGGACAUUGGAAAAGGUGACCGCGACCGUUUAAUAGAAGUGACCGCUUAAUACAGGUCAAUGUUACCGACAGUGAUUAAGGGAAACUAUUUCCGGGACUUUGGAAACUGACCGCUUAAUACCGUUUUGACUGUAUUCGUUUGUUGUUGCCCUUCCCGUCGUCAUCCGAUCUAAACGAUUUUUCGUUUUUCUUAAGGCUUUUUAUGUCCAGUGCACACUCCGGAUGGUGCACCCUGCGGAUUGUUGAAUCAUAUGGCGGCUUCUUGUCAGGUAAAUAGGGAACUUAUGCAACAGCGUUUUUGGGUGACGGACGUCAACCGGAAGUGGUCUUUUUGCAUCAUUGGGCAGUGGUUUGGUUCAAACUCUCGGUUAAAUAGUCCUUAUAAGAGAAACGAAACUUAGCAAUACAAAUUUGUUAGCAUCAAAGCAAAAACGUCUUUGUUUAAGCUCCCUAAUACCAUCAUUUACCACUUUAGAAACGAGAGGGAAACUGGGUCGAGUUGACUUUUGCAAAGACCUCUGGGACUGUUACUAGGGACAACGGAGAAAAUUGACCAAUAGCUGAUCAGCGCGUCCUCAGUAACGAUCCCAGAAACAAUUGCGGGACGCAUUUCGGCUCCAGUUUUCUUCUCGUUUCUAAAGUGGCGAAUGCACGGACUCCCUAUCAAGAGUGAUCUCUGGAUUCAUGUAUCCUGUAUACAGCCGCCCCCUCCCCUCCCCUCCCCUGAAACAAUCGGGGAAAGGGACGACGUAUCUCUCCCUUAGUUUGUGUGAGAGGAGGGCAUGGCUGUACUCAGGCGGAUCAUUAUACGUUUCUGGGAAACUAUCCACCUACCCCUCCCCUAAGCCAACAUUUUACCCUAAGUGAGAAAUAAGUGUUAGUGUUGGCUUAGUGGAGGGGUAGGUGGGCAGUUUCCCCGAAACAUAUCCUCUCAGGCUUGGUUCUAACCUGCGAUCAGGAGUUUUUUUUUCUUUUUCCUUCGUCUCCCGAACAAAAAAGGGAAGAAAGACCGCCUGAUCGCAGGUUAUCUUGGUUCAGGCCCCGCUGGGUUCAUUGCGUUUUGUUCUUGCGCAAGACACUUUAUUCUCACAGUGCCUCAUUCCACCCAGGUGUAUAAAUAGGUCCGAGCGAAUUUAAUACAGGGGGUAAACCCUGCGAUGGUGCGAUGGACUGGCAUUUUUUAGAAGUGUUUAUUUAGUCCUCAAAAUUGAGGGGAAAACUUCUAGUGGUUAAUGUGAAUGGACUUCUUCUUUGGCCUUUGUUUCUCUCCCCCCCACCUCCACCCUUAAAGGAGCAAAAUGUUUAACUGAGUUAUACACGUGUACUUUGCACUAAAUGGGUUUCCUGUGGUUUAAUUAUGUCAGGUUGUAAAUACCAUGCCACAGACAGCCCAUCUUCCCAGACUGUUGUGUUCAAUGGGGAUGACCCUGCACGACGCACCAGCCCCGGCUGAUAUCAAGUCUUGUUACACGGUGAUAUUGGAUGGCAGAGUUAUCGGCAGAGUUGAUAUGGAUCUUGCUCCAUCCCUUGUGAACAGGCUCCGUAUGUUAAAAGUACUUGGACAGGAAAAGGUACACCUAGGUUGUUUUACCAUCUACAAAAAGUUUCCGGAAAAUCCGGCUGAAAAGUAAAUGGAACACGACUUUUUUAGUAGUUGCGACGGAAAAUUUCCUGGAAUGAAAGAACUUUAUUUAAGUGUCAGAGUGUUUAGCUAGAUAUUAGCUAAUUGUGGACACUAAAACAAAAUAAAACUUAAAAUAGGGGUGCUAGGAGUGUUAAAAAUCUAUUUCAAAAUUUACAAUCAUUUUGAAGGCAGGGAAGGGUCAUAAUAAAUAUGUAAAAUCUACACUAUUCACAAAUUUAAUAUCGCUUGGUUCCAAGAAAAACUGAUAUUUAGAAUGUUCACGAAUUUAUAUUUAUUAAGUUCAAAAGUAAUAACAUUCCAUUGCAAACGUGGUUAACUGAUACAUAAGUUACAAUUGAUGCACUGCCUUCAAUAAGAAAAGUCAAGUUUUUCUUUCUAAUGUUCCAUCUAAAAUUGUCCAGCGAGGGUCAACGUUGGAAAUUCGUGUUUCACUUCUUCAAAGCCAUCUUUAAUACCAGUUUUGGGCUUUGGCGGUCGUUUUCAAAGCCAUCUUUAAUACCAGUUUCGGGCUUUCGCGGUCACUUGUACUAGUGGUAAACGCGACUUCGGGACGAAAUUUACCGGUCCUGAAUUUUCCACUUGCUUGCGGAACCAGCCAUAUAAUAGUAGAAGCAAAUAAAAGACGUUUUUGAACGGCGUACAUCAACCGGAAGUGGACUUCUUGAAUUCUUAGGCAAUGCUUUUGUCCAAUCGGGCCAAUCGUCUCUUACCCUAGGGACGACGGGGAGCUUCGUUUCGUCGGCCACAGGCCGACACGUGUUCGGCAAGGCAUAUGAAACCAGAAAGUUGAAAAGCCUUGGCACGUUAAUCGGCGUGUUAAAAGACACUUGGCAAAAGUUGUUAGCGUUAAGGCGUGUUAAAAGAAAAAGACCUUACUUCCGGUUGACCUGCUUGGCUCAAAACGCCUUUCCUUUAUUAAUGCACCGUAACAUCCAGCGCCACUCGUCUGUAAUCUGCUAAGAACUAUUUUAUGUAAAAGGUCCCUCAGAUGCUGGAGAUCUGCCUGGUGCCCAUCACAAGCGUGGCGAGUCAGUACCCUGGAUUGCACAUCUUUUCUUCUCCUGCUCGCAUGAUGAGGCCUGUUCUAAACCUGGCGGCCAGUAAAGUGGAAAUGAUUGGAACAUUUGAGCAGGUGCGUGUCUGUUCGAACAUACACUGUUUCACUCUAAACCACGACAGCUGUUCUUAUUGGAGACGGAAAUGCUCCAAUUGCACGUAUCAGAUGUUCAGAAAUCGGUUUUGCCUUCUCUUUGUGUGAUUAACUUGGAUCAUUAUACGUUUCUGGGAAACUGCCUACCUACCCCUUCCCUAAGCCAAGAUUUUGCCCCAAGUGAGAAGUAAGUGUUAAUGCUGGCUUAGGGGAGGGGUAGGUGUGCAGUAUCCCAGAAACGUAUACUUUAAACCGACCUCAGCUUGAUUUCAUUUUUUAUAGUUGCUAUAGAACGUAGGACAAGGAGCGACCCGUAGUUAAUUGCCGCAUGCCCGACCCGUAUGCCCUCAAAGUACUAGGCUCCAUUUUCGCCGCUCUGUCGGGGAAGGAGCGUGGGCUCAUUUCCCGAACAGCGGCUGGUAAUCAAGCCUACCAAAACACCUUUGUUUAUACACUGGGGUUCAAUACCCCUCUGGACUGAGUGAUGAUUUUUUCCGUGAGGAACUCAUCGGAGGAAUUACCCCGCAAGAUUCAGUACAAUGUGGGGAGAUUCCCUCCAGAGAUCCAUUGUGGUCUUCAUUGUGGUUCAUUAACUCCCCCAAGGGGUUCAACAGAGUUAUCAAUCAAGGUCUCUGUUCUGAGGGUCGCAGAGAUUUCUGUCCUUGAAGAAUUCAUAUUAUACACAUCUAUUUGUAACUUUAAUCUACUUUAAUUGCUUGCAGUAAGGUGAGGGCUAGGGCUUGGGAACACGUCUUGAUGUCUAUCAUAAAUGGCGUGAAUGUCAAUUGCGUGCAUUUCUGGACAUAAUUGCUUGAAAAUGAGUUGUAAACAAAUGAGAUUCUUUUUCGUAGGUUUACAUGAAUGUUGCUGUGGUGAAAGAAGAAGCCCAUGAGGGGGUAUGUUAGAAGAACAGUUCCCAUAUAAUAGGAAAAUAUGUGCCGUUAACGUCAGUCUUUUAUUUUCCAGUGAUUUUGUUACAAAUAGUUAUGGUGAGUCCUGGGACUCGUGUAGUCAAAAAUCGCGAGUCUCUGUCCAUAACCAUUGAGUAUCAGUUCAAAAAAACAAAGUCCUAAAUUGAAAAUGCUUGAGCCUUUAUGUAACCAGACAGUUAAUCUGGAGACAGACACCAGAACUCUAUUUAUUACAGUUAACUGAAAUUAAAAUAUAGUCCUUCUACAUAUUUAAAGAACAAAAAAGACUAAAAUAAAUAUGCAUCUUUAAACAACAGUCCGCACAGACAUCGCACGCACAGGAUAUUUUACCAAGAAAUCUUCAAAUCGAUCGAUCGUUCUUUGCGUCCUACGGGACGCAUUUCAUGAGUUAUUUUGCGUCUUUGGAGAUUUUUAUGCGUCAGGGACGCAGGACGCAUAGGUAACAAAAUCACUGUUUUCUGGCUUUUUUCCUUUUUGAAAAAAACAACAAUUUUUUAUUGUAAUCUCAAUGUUAAACUUAUUACAGGAAACAACUCACCUUGAAUUGAAGCAGACGAGUAUGCUCAGCGCUGUUGCAAGCUUAACGCCAUUCUCGGAUUUUAACCAGAGUCCUCGUAACAUGUACCAGUGUCAGGUGAGUUUAUUGAUUGAAACGUCAAUUGUUCUGGGGAUUUGCAAUUGAGUGUCGGCACGCAAAACACAUAACUCAACAGCAUGGCCAAUCACAGCACACGGACUUAUCCAAAGAACCAGUCAGUACAAAACAAGAUGAUGCAGCCUCGUUCCCAGUCGUCCUCGGCAAGUUUAGAUGUGAUUCACUCGUCAACCUUAUCUCAGCCUUGUGGAAAGAACAUAAUCACAUAGACCAUAAGGCACGUUGCUUACCCCCCUAAAUUUUGCAUAUCCAUUGUCUUCGAUUUCUCUUGGGACGACUGUAAUAACCAGGAGAAAUUGGAAACAAUGGUUAUGCAAAAUUGUUGGGGGAAGGGGGGUAAUUCUGAUCUAUGUGAAAAUGGUGAAGCAAUAAUAAAUAGGCGCGUGCAAAGAUGGCGGGCAUCGUGAAUAAGGUCUGUUCGCCAAAAAGCUUCUCAGAGCAACUCGGAAAUGGGCGGAUUUUUUCGGCAGACUCAUAGAGUAAAACCAGACGUAGUUAAUCGAAAAAGCGAUAAUCGAUAUCAAUCAUUGAUGAAACUCGAUUUCCGAUAUCGAUCGAUAGAAAUCGAUGAAGAAAAAAGUUAACUUCGAUUAAUAUCAAUAAUUUUCCGAAAGAAAUCGAUGAUUUUCGAUAACAAUCGAUUCCUAUCGAUUGUUAUCGAUUUUUUUAAUUGAUAAUAAUUGAUAAAUUAUUUUUCCUGUGACUUCGAUUUCUAUCGAUUUCCGAUAUCAGUCGAUAUUAAUCGGCGGAUUAAAUCGAUUAAUAUCAAUCAUAUCGAUUGAUUUUCGAUAUCGAUUUUUAUCGAUUAACUACUGGAGUAAAAAUGGCGGUGUCUGUCUCAAAAGUGGGUAUAAAAUCAGUCAGUUUCCUUGACCGCUAUCUUAGCAAGACGGACGUGUUUUUCUUGUUGUUUAGAUGGGAAAACAGACAAUGGGGACACCAGCUCAAGCACUAAAGCACCGCGGUGACAACAAACUCUACAGGCUACAGGUCAGUGUACACGGAUAUCAUACUAAGAAUAAAUUACAGGGUUCAAAAGUAGAAAGGAAUAGCCGUUACUUUCAUAAAAUACAUUGGCUUACUUGUUUAUGCCACUUCAUAUUUAUACAGACCUGCCAACUCUCACUACUCUGUCUUGAGUCUCACGAUUUUGUGUCUUUUCUCACGGCCCCACGACAAGACUACCAAUCUCACGGUUUGUGAGGAAAAUAUCAUUCUGAAAUUAAAUGUUACCUUGCUGCAAAAAAGGAAAUUUAUUGAUAAUGCUUUACCAUAAACGAAAGUGAUCAACUAAUAAAAAUUAACACUCUUCUAAAUACUUACCGAGCUGUAGGAUUUGUGCUUCUGUUUAUCGUUAAGGCCUCUACUUAGUACUAUAGAACAGAAGUUAACCAUUAAGAUUUAAAGAACAAUUAAAUAUAAUUCCCCCAAUGGAUAAAGGCCGGAUUUCGUUUAAUCCUGAUCAGGAAAAAUAUAGAAUCUCGCUACUUUAGUAGAAUCUCCCGGUUUUUUUUCAUGAGUCUCCAGAUUUUCCUUUAUUAGGGGUUGGCAGGUCUGUUUAAAAAUGAUACGCCUUGGUUUUGUCCUUAAUAUUCAACAAAAUGAACAGUAGACCACCGUGACGCAGUCCCGGGCACUUAAGCAUUUUUCGUUUGCUCUAAACGUUCCAUUGUGCCAUAAAACAAAUAACUUUCGGUCUAAUUAUUUUCAUACUAAGUGCUACUACUCGUGUAACACCUCUUCUAUUUCGCUUUAGACUCCUCAGUCUCCUCUGGUUCGACCUGCCGCUCAUGACGAGUUUGCUGUCGACAAUUAUGCCCUUGGAACAAAUGCCGUUGUAGCAGUUAUUUCAUACACCGUAAGUGAAACACAAUGUGGCGGAUCCAAACCUGCAGAUUAGGGAAGGGGGGCGGUCAUUCAGACCCUGAGAUAAGGGGGGGGGGGGGUCUGGUCUCAGAAAAAGUUUUUUUCGCCCUUCGGGCCUCAGUUUGGUCUAAAAAUAAGGGGGCCGGGGUGCUCCUCUGGAUCUGUCACUGUAAAUUGACUUUUGGUGUCGACUUAAAUAUUCCAUUUAAUAGUUGUAUUUCAUUUAAACUUGCACACUACCAGACAACGUCCAAAUGUGUAAGAACAGAAAAGUGUCCAAAGGAGAUGUGUAGAGCCUUUCUGUCGAGACAAGCUCUGGAAUUUACCCUCCCCUCCCCCCCCCGCCUCCCCCCACGAUUAUGCAGUUUGGGGGUCCAUAGCUCAAAUAGCCCUUAUGCAUGUUUACGUCACACAAGCAAAUUUCACCACCAAGCCUCGUUUUGAAAUUAAAAAUAAGUCGAAUUUUCACAGAAAUGAAUUCCCAAGGCAGUAGAGUUGAAAAGAAUACCCACGCACAAAAAGUGCAAAUGCAAAAAAUUUUGUUCACAAACGAGGCUUGUUGGUGAAAUUUACUCGUCUGACGUAAUCAUGCAUAGGGGCUAUUAUUUAACAAGCGAUGUUCUUUUUCUGUGCCAAAAUUGACGCUUUUUCCUUAAAGCCCAAAAUAUUUUGUACCAUUCGCCUCUUUAGAAACAAGAAGAUAACUGGAGCUGAAAUGCGUCGCGCAAUUGUUUCUGGGAUCGCUACUGGGAACGCGCUAGUCAGCUAUUGGCCAAUUUUUUCCCUGUCCCAGUAGACAGUCCCAGAAGUCUUUGCGAAAGUUAAUUUGGCCCAGUUUCCUACUCGUUUGUUAAGCGGCGAAUUCUGGAGAACUAUCUGCCGUAUUUAGUUUUUCUUUUGGCAUGUUUUGCAGGGAUAUGAUAUGGAAGAUGCAAUGAUUCUCAAUAAAGCUUCCUUUGAGCGUGGAUUUGCCCAUGGGACGGUGCUCAAGUGUGAGGUAUUAUAUUGUGCUUUUUAUUGAAAAAAAUUAAUGUCUUUUAUGCUUGUGCGCGCGGUUAUUUUUGUCUCGAUAUUAAAUAACGUCACAAAAUUUUACUGAUGUUUUAGGUGUAAAUUGUCAAUUCUUUGAAGUUAAAAUGACCUCUCUUGUACUUGUUAUCCCUGUUUAACACGGAAUGUCUAACUAUUUGUUGGAUUUCUUUUAACGAUUAUAAUUCCUUCCGUCGGCGUCUUUUAGUUGUCUGUGUUAUACAUUUACAGCUGUUUCCGAUAACACGCGACCUACGUUGUCAGAAACGUUCAGGAUUUGGGGUUUUUCUGCGACGUCAAUCAAACCGUUACCAUAGCAUGCAGUCCUUGCUUGUUAAAUAAAAGCGGUAAUAGCGAGCCGAAGCUGCAAAAUUAAAUGUUGAUGGGAACCUACCGAUUCGUUUUUACCCUCCCAUAUCUGUGUUUCUUCUGGAUUUGGAGGCUCUAGAGGAACAAUUUCGCCUAGGGAAUCUAAACUUGCCAUUUUUCGGUACGAAGGUAAAAAAAAAACUUGAGAGCUAAAACGUGAAAACACGUGAACACUGAAGUUCAGAAGCAAGGAACCUUGAAACACAGAAACACACGAAACGGAUCGAAAUCCACUAAUAACAAAUUACAAACCAUGAUCUUUUAAACCCGUUGAAGUAAACUUCUGUUUCCAAAGAUGUCCGGACGGCAGCUAAAAACGCAAUUAUUUUGGUUGACAGAAAAACGCAUAAAAACCCAAAAUCCAAAGACGUUUUUGAUAUCGCAGGUGCCUUGUUAUCCGAAACGGCUGUAGUUUAUUUUACUACCAAGAGUGUAUGCUAAGAAACUUGUCAUUUUGUUCCUUUUCUCCAGAUAGUGGAUCUUAAUAAAAUAGCUGGAACCGGCAAAAAUUCAAGUCUAAGAUUUGGUAAGAUGAAUCAUUCUCAGUAUCAUUUACUCACUUUUUUUGAAUGGCACAAAACACCUAGCACGAAACUCCGGGGAGAGGGGGAGGAGGCAAGAAAACCAAAGAUACCGUAAAUCGUCUAUUUAGCCCCCCGGGGAGCUUAUUUAUUUCAAGCCCAUUUGAGGGGGGCCUUAAUAGAGACAGUGGGCUUAUUUGAGGAGGGGGGGGGGGGGCUUAUUUAAUUUAGAAAGGACGACGGUAUCAGUUCUCCAAAAAAACUAUAAUACAAAGUGGAGAAGCUCAAGAACAAGAAGGUUGGAAUAAAAAAACUUCCAGUUUAAAUUUGCCUAUGACUUUUAGAUCAUAAGUUGUUUCGAUAGUUUUUUUAAACAUAGUUUAGUUUAAUUUUAUUUUCAAAUAGUUUUUAGAUAGUUUUAAUAUUUCCAGAUUAUUUUUAAUCAAUAUUUCCUUUAUCAUGGUUAAAUUUAUAUAUAUAAUAUCUAUUUGCUUUUAUGCUCUUAUAUUUUUAUUGUAUAUAACCAUGUAUUUUAUUAUGUUUUUCUUAUACCUUUGUAACGCGCAUUUGAUCAUAUACAUAUGCGAAUUUGCGCGUUAUAUAUAAGUAAUAAAAUGCAGUCUCCUUUCUCCUCCUCAAUCAUGAUGUCAAAAGGAGGCUCUUCUCGCAGUUUGGGUCUUUUGCUACCAUGCGUCUGUUUAGACGAAACGGGCGCAUAGAUAUCCAUUUAAUUGGGGAUGAAAUGGGUAGGCUGUGAAGAGGUUUAAAACUAACUGAAGAGAGGUAACUUAGCGGUGUUCAUUCUAUAUCGGUCAAUUUUGUUCCGGGGUGUUAUCCCUUCCACUACCGCUAUAUUCGGCCAGAAAAAAGAUACCCCUGGAAAUCGAGUUGCCCUAUUGAACGAACAUUAACAUAUGGUGUUAAAUAGUGUAAUUAGUUCAAGGGUAUUAGAUUUCUGUGGCUUUCCAUUGGAGGAACUAACUUGUUCUUUAUAUUUUGUUGUUAAAGGUUGUCUUCCUAAUGAUGAUCGGGUCCAGGGGUUUCUAGACAUUGAUGGUCUUCCGCCAAUUGGCGCCAAACUAGAGACAGGAAACCCUUAUUACUGGUAAGAAACUGGUAUAACUAGAAUGAAACUUGACAGACUGGUAGUAAACCGGUAUGUACUAGUUAGAUUGUUGGGUAUUGACAAAUAACCUAGUAAUUAAUGAUUAGCUGUAUUUGCUUCUUAAAGUGUUCAUGGCCAGAGCAUGAUGACAUCAUAUUGUGCGUGUCAUCUGAUUGACUCAGUGUAAAGCGUCACGUGGCUUCAGGCAGUGUUUUAUUGUCUGUUAGUCACAAGGCGUCAUUGCUUUAAGUCAGCAUGAUAAAAUGUGAAGUCUGAAUCUGGUCUUUGUGAUCUUAUUUUGCAAAACCUAAACCAAACUAUUGGUACAACAUUUGAUUAAAGGGCCCUUUGCAGAAUACGGUCACAUCGUACAAAAAACACCUUGCUGGAAAAAAACACUGCUGGAUGGUCCCAAACAUCCACAGACUGUUAGAACCUUGCAUAAUAAAAGCAAAGGAUGUUAGCUUUUUUUGGAACGAUGAAAGCUUUCUUCAUCCACAAACUCAAAAGUUGGAAUCACCUUGUACGGCAUUAUAAACAGUUUGUUUUUCAUUUACGGCAUUAUAAACAGUACCACAAGAAAGUAGUGCUCAGUAGCUUUCAUGUGAAUGGUCGCACUUUAGGCUUUCAUCCACAAACUCAAAAGUUGGAAUGUACUGUCGCUUUCACUUUUUGUCACUACAGGAUUCAAUCCCAAAUCAAAGGUUAAAACAUAAUAAACGUUACCACAGGUUAAAACUGCAGCGGUAUAGUAGAUCUUAUUUGAAUGUUAAAAAGUAAAGAUUUAGUCCAUAGAAUUGAACUUCAGAUCACAUUAUACAAGUCAUUUAUCCUUGUUUGGGUUUUUUGUAGUUACAUUGAUGAUAACACUGGCAAGGCAGUCAUAAAGAAAUAUAGCAGCUUGGAAAACGCUGUAGUUGACGACGUAAGAACCUUUUGUUGUUCAGUACACGUUCUGUUUAAGUUCUGUUUUAAGAAAGACUCCCUCGUCCUUUUGAAUGCGUUUGCUAUCUUUUGUGGUUGGCUGUAGGUAAAAAUUCUCGGUAAUGAUGACGGUACUGGAACACUUCAGAGAGUUUCUAUUAAACUGAGGAUUCAGGUCAGUCUAUUAGUUUGUUUGUUUAGUUUUUAGAAUAAACAAAAGCAAGAAUGUGCGUGAAGAAAACCAAAAUCCUAUGAAUGAGACGCAGACUGCGCGUUCUUAAAAUGAGGGCUAUCUGGAGAUUAAGAAGAGAAAAAACUACUUUGAAAAAGAGUAGAAAUGCACGCGGAGCGUGACCUUAACUUUCUCGCGUUGUUUGGAGAAAGGGCUGUUUUGUCCCGGGAAGGGGAGUUCUUAUAUAAUAGUGAUGGGGAUGCUCGUCGUCUCGCCUUUGGGUGUAAACGGCAGAUUUUCGUCUCACUUAGGGUGUUUGGGAUGGAAAGUCACUACAUUUGCCCAUACCGGUAUCGCUUAGUACUGUUCUUAAAGAAAUUUACAGAAUAUACAGAAAAUGCCCCGACACUGACCACACAGAAAUCUCCCUUAGGGGUCAGCUUAAGCUUUAGCCACACCCACAUUGGUCUCCUUUGGGAGUUUAAUUUGAAUUUUUGGACGAGGCAUCUCCGUCGGCCUUUAUAUAGGAGUCCCCCCGGGUGUUUUGUGUUCACAGUAACUGGCCCAAACUGUUGUGUUGUCCCCGCCAUAUCUGGCGAAGGUUAUAAGUGCCAUUAGUUCAAAAUUUUGCUGGAUAAUGCGCGCGGAUAUCUUACGAGGUGCGUAGUGCUUUUCCAAGCCUCGUAGAAUCGAGGAAAUAUUCGAGCUAUGAGUAAAAUGUCUCAGGCUCGCGCUAUAUUAUGUGCUAGUGAUGGUUUUGGAAUUCCUGAGCAUUUUAGUGGUAUUGCUAUCGUUUUCAGUCCCGACUCGCAUCAUCUUGUGGUACAAUUUUUUAUUAUUUCAGAGAAACCCGAUUAUAGGAGACAAAUUCUCCAGUCGACAUGGACAGAAAGGAAUUUGCAGGUAUGCAAUAUACGGUAAUUCUGUUCAAAUUAACUUCUCCUUAACUAAAGGUGAAUGCACUACAACCUGUGACAUGGAGAAAGUAGCUGUGUAAAUGAACAAACUACACAACCAAGAAAGCAUUCCUAUUCGUUCCUUAAACUCCUUUAUCAUGUGUUAACCAAUCAUAGCUUGCAUAGUGUUUUCAUCCAAUUAGAUGUUAGUGACAAAUUUUGGCGUUACAUAUUUUCCCGCCCUUUUCGCGGGCUGCUUACUUCUUAAACCCACUCUGAUUGGUUCUUCUAAUUUUUCUAUUGCGCUUUCCUUUUUCUUGCAGUCAAAAAUGGCCGAUUGAAAACAUGCCAUUUACAGAAUCAGGAAUGACGCCAGAUAUAAUUUUCAACCCUCAUGGAUUUCCCUCGCGUAUGACAAUAGGUAAGAGAUCGUUUCUCUUCAUCACAUCGAAGAUCAUCAGACGACGUGAAUUACCCAAAGCUCAAACGAAGAUAUUAUAUGCAAUAAACAAAUAUAUGAUAAGUAUGAUAUAGUAUGAUGUGAUAUGAUAUAUGAUAUAUGAUAUAUGUAAAUGAUAUAUGAUAUGAUAUGAUAUGAUAUGAUGAUGCCAAAGGUGUCAGGAGCCUUAAAUAGGCCUCUGUAGGUGUUAGUUAUAAAAAAACAAGCGAAUUCACUCUGUGGAGGUGCCCCUUGCUCCUCCUCCUCCCUCACCCCCCACCCACUUUGACUGGGGGUUGUUAGUUUUGGUUAGUUUUAAACAAGAUGGCAGGUAAUUUUUUUAAGAGUUCUUGAAACACAGCCAGAAAAGUUCACUAUAAUUAUAGCUGUCGGUUUCGGUUUACGGCUAAAUAUAAUGGCGUUUACCCCAGAACACCCUAAGUUAGGCGAGAAUCCCAAAUUUACCCCCCUAAGCGAGACGAAAAGCAUCCCCGCCCCGUUCAUAUGGAAGUCCCUCCCCCGGGAUUUCUCUAACUGCAAGACGUAUAUGUUUGUUUUCUCUUCCGCAGGAAUGAUGAUAGAAAGCAUGGCAGGCAAAUCGGCCAGUCUCAAUGGCACGGUGUAUGAUGCUACACCGUUCACAUUCUCAGAGGACGAUCCUGCCGUGGAUUACUUCGGAAAUCUCCUCAAACAAUGUAUCUUCUACGCUUCUUCUUUCUUUAGUUGAUCACUUCAAAUGAGUAUCGCUGAAGAGGUUUUCACCAUAACAUUUCAUCCACAGGCUCAAGGAGUUUUGUUUUAUUAAGAAGAGACUCUUUUGCUUUUAACAACAACAAAUUUUUUUGAAAUUCAUUAUAUAACUAAUUAUUUUCCCACCCUUAAAUAGCUUAUUAAUGAACAAGGCGGUGGAGGAGAUAUUAGAGGGAUUCACGUUUACGCCAAAGGACACGUGAAUUUAGUUUUACAAUAUUUUCCGUUUAAGGUUCAAAAUGUAGUUUUAUAGAUGAUUCUGAGAAAAACAUCACGUUUGCCGUUAAAAGUAAACGUGAACACUCUAUUUACAAUACAGGUAAAUUAGAGAAUAAAAACAAUAAAAGAACAAUAAAAUAAAAGAAUAAAGUAAUAUAAACGAAACGAAGAAAUAACGAUUACGACUAAGAUAAUGUGUUAAACUCAGGCAUAGUGUACGACAGGACGAAACGCAUAAACGAAAGCCAAGAGAACAAUAAAACAUUCGAUUUAAGAAAGAAGCAAACUUAAGGAAGCACAUUCAACACACGUCUGUUUAUCUUGGUCAGCUCGCGUGACUACGGAACUCCUUUAUUUGGAAAAAUCCGUCAACACCGCUGAAAAGAGCGCUUUAAUGUUAGUAUACUUGCCAAGUUUGAAAGUGAUUUGUCUGAAGCGAGCGAAGAUAUUCUGUGUUUUCCCGACGUGGUCAUCUAUGCAAAUUUUUGGAACAGACGUUUGUUUACAUAGGAAAAAUUUCCCACAGGACUGGUUUGGGACACCAACAUGGCCGCCGUUUCAUUGUUUUGGUCCCAAGGCCUCAUUAUUGAACGCAUACAACCGUUGCGUUUCGGGUCACGUGGUCCGAGAGGGCCUGGGAAGACGCCGUACACUGGCUAGGCAAGGUUAUAUCUUCGUUACUUUGCAACAAGUGUCUCUAAAACUUGGUGUAGUUACUAUUUUAGGCUCUCUUUCGGGUGUUGUCGACGAAUUUUCACUAACUGAUCCAUGUAAAGAGUUGAAAAACCGUGGAUGGGUCUUUUAAAUGCCAGCCCCGUUUUUCGCGUCAAUAAAUAUGGAGUUUUCCCUUUUUUUCCUAGCUGGUUACAACUUCUAUGGCACAGAAAGGAUGUACAGUGGGACAGAUGGCAGAGAGUUUGAGGCAGAUAUCUUUUUCGGAAUUGUUUAUUAUCAACGGUUGAGGCACAUGGUGGCCGAUAAGUAUCAGGUACCCAGCCCUCCCCUCCUUUCCUCCGUUGUCCUCCCCCAUUCUUGUUUGAGUUUUGCACCAUGCCAUGGAUGAUGACGUCAUGUUUUGCGUGUCGUUUGUUUGGCUCACAAGGUUGAGUCACGUGGUGCACAGUGCAUGCUUUUACUGGAUGUCAUUCACUGACAUUUCUGGCGUUUGUCGGUACUCAUAAAUUCGCAUGGCUUUCAAAUCAAAUAACCUACUUUAUACUAGCCUUUCUAUAACUAUUGCGUUGUUCAGGUGCAUCAGGCUGGAAAGUCACUGUAGCUUUCAUUUGAAUGGUCACACUUUAGAAUUUAAUCCGCGAUCUCAAAAGUUUGAACAAGCCUCGUAAGGCGUACUAAACAGUACCACAGGAAAGUACUGCUCAGUAGCUUUCAUUUGAAUGGUCACACUUAAGGAUUUCAUCCACAGACACAAAAGUUAGAACCACCUUGUACAGCACAACAAACAGUACCACAGGAAAGUACUGCUCAGAAGCUUUGACUUGAAUGGUCACACUUGGUAUUUCAUCCGAAGACUCAAAAGUUAGUACCACCUUGUACAGUAUAAUAAACAUUAACACAUGAACGUACUGGUAAGUAGCUUUCAUUUGAAUGGUCACACCGUAGGAUUUCAUUCGCAGACUUACAACCAAGAACCACAUCGCACAGGAUAAUAAAGAGCACCAUAAGAAAGCUAGAGCGUUUAUUUGUACGGUUACAUUGUGGUCUGCCGUUUAAAGAAGAAAACAAAGUUAACACUUGUUUGUCAAAGUCAAAAGUGUGGUUGACAAUGUGCGACGAUUCAAGUUGUCUUUUUUUUAUUUUGUUCGUUUAGGUUCGAACAACAGGUCCAAUAGACAUUUUGACUCACCAGCCAGUACAGGUAACGGAAAAAAUGUUCAAUAUUAUCGUUAGUUAUUAUCAUCAUCAUCAUCAUCAUCAUCAUCACCACCACCACCUUUGUUAAUUAUUAUUUAGUUUUAUUUAUAAUGGUAAUUGAACUGAGUGGAAUGCAAUUUGGUCUGAAAUCAUACGCGUGAUUUCAAAAUUGAACGAGCGCGCAGCGCGAGUUCGGUUUGAAAUCACAAGUAUGAUUUCAGACCAAAAUUGCAGGACACGAAGUUCAAUUACCACUUUAUUACAUCCAUUUUGAAAUCGCAAAAUUUAGUCAGUACUAAUAUUUUAUUGAUCAAGUAGCCGGUUUGUUAAAAAGCCGAAACAAAAAGGCUUUUACAUCUCAUUUUGUCUUCGAAACAGAAAUGAUGCGAUAUAGAACAAAAAUGGUGCGAUUUAAAGCAGAAAUGAUGCGAUUUAGAACAUGAAUGACGCGAUUUGGAACAGAUGCGAUUUAGAGCAAAAAAUGGUGCGAUUUAGGAAUAAAUCACACUGCUGAGAGCCAAUCAGAUUGCACGGAUAGCCAGUGAUUUCAAAGUGGAUGUAAUAAAAGUCGUUCUUUUUGCAUCAUUGGAUUUUGGUGGAAGUAUUAUUGUGGUGGUAGCAAAAUAAAAUAUCAAACAGUUACUUCUCCUUUUGUCACACAACCCACUAGUACGUGCUGACAUCACUUUAUGCGUGUCAUCUGAGUGGCUAAGGGCAGCGUGUCACGUGAUAUUAGCCAGUGUUUUAUUGGUUGUUAUCGUGGGACACACUGUGUUCAUUGGUCAUUAUGUUAACACCAACAGUCUGACACUGGACACUCUAUAAUAUGACUUAGCAUAAGAUACAUAACUAGAGGUAAUCAUUGGUUACGGAUCCGCGUUCGUCACUUACGGAAAAAUUACGGAAACGAAAUCGAGUCGAAAGGAGUCCAGUUUCCCAUCAGAGGUGCCCCUGAUAAAAUUAACAGGGGCAGCUAAUUUGCAGUCGCCCGUGAUAGCUGGAAAAUUUCUGCUUUAGUGCCACAGGAACACCAGAUAAGGAUGCGCUCUGAAGAAAGUUUGCUCUACUUCGCCUCUCAUGAGGCAACCGUAGGCCCCAUCUCACAAGACUUGCACAUAUAAUAAAUUCUGUGCGAUGUUAAAGAACCCGCGCACUUUUGGCAAUAAGUAGGGACGUAGUCCCCGAUGUGGUGGUCAGUCUCGAAUUCACACUCACAUGGGAACAUCAUUACUCAUCCCUUCAUUACUAGUAAACUGUACCAUAAGCAGUCUGGCAAAAGUCCCUCGACCAGUGUAGUAAAUUAUCCCUUAAAAGCCAUGAGGGGAGUGGAUAAUAAGAUAUCCACAAUUUACUUUGUGUCAGGGUCGUAAAAGACAAGGUGGUAUUCGUUUUGGUGAAAUGGAGAGGGACGCUCUGCUGGCACAUGGAACAUCUUUUCUCUUGCAAGAUCGCCUCAUGAACUGCUCGGACAGAACAGUGGUAAGAAAUGUUCGUACAAACAGAGAGUUUAAGCUUCACGUAUACGGCAAACGGCACUAACGGCAGAUUCAAGAUGAGAAUUUCUCAAAACAGAAAAUGAGCAGACGAAAACAGCUGAAAACAAUUCUUAUGGAUUAAAAAAAUUACGUCAAACUUCUAAUUUAUGUGUAGGAAUAAUGAACAGUAAACGACAAGUAAAGAGGAAACUUGGUCACGUGGUACAAAUUCGUGAUGCUUAAUCUCUCUAUUACUUUAGCCAGUGACCACCAUCAAUUUUCUCCGAACAAUAUCUAUGCAUCUUCAAGAGAAAAGAUUACGAGAACUGAUAGAAUGAUAAUCAGACAGAAAAUUAUUGAUUUUUUAUUUUUUUUUUAAUCAGAUUCUCUAAUUAUAAGAAAUAUUUUGGAGACUAUUCUGAGGUUUUAUGUGGAUAUUUGGGCUGAAAAGGUUAAGAGCAGUUUCACGAACCCGUGCUCUCGCGAGUGCGCACUAUUCCGUAGGUUCCGAAGAUUUCCGAAAUUCACCAGCGACACGUAGUGACGGGGGACAAUAAGAAUAUAAAAAACAACUGUAUUCCAGUUUUAGGGCCUGUUUACAUGGAGGUGGGGUAACCCGCCUGUCCAUAUAAUCUCUCACAUGGUCACCCUACCUAUCACAUAAACGUGAUAAAAUUAAAAUGAGAGAUAUGGACAGGAGGGUCACCCCACCUAAGUGGGUUACCUCACCUACCUGGGGUCCCCCGCCUCCAAGUAAACAGGCCGUAAGUGUAUCGCACUUUAAACUUUAAUUACAAGAAAACGUAAAAAGAUCGAUCAUGAAGAGCCUUGUCUUGUCAAACAUGCUAAAGAGUGCCUAAGGGCUGGUAAACAAGGGCGACGUUUUAGCGAUUUAAGAGAAAUUCAUAGUCUAUUACGGCACAAUUUUCAUAUUACUCGCCAAUAUUCAUAUAUCUUAAACCUUCUAUCUCCUCCCCCAGGGUCAGGUCUGCACAAAGUGCGGAAGCAUACUCUCCCCUCUCCUGGACAAACCCGCCGUGGAAGUGGCAGCUGCGGCUGCGCACAAAGAGCGCAAGUGGACUUGUAAAGUUUGUGAAAGCACGGAACAUAUUCAGCUGUUAGCAUUCCCUUACGUGUUUCGCUAUCUUGUGGCUGAACUUGCUGCGAUGAACAUCAAGGUCGCGUUGGAAGUGAAGCGAGUUGGAAGUGAGUGAAUUGUACGUGUAAAAAAGCCGCGUGGAAAAAGGCUUACUCCAAUGCGGGGGGCUGUUACCCCGGUGAUCAGGAAUACGUCAUUGUGUAAACGUCAUAAAGUCUCCCAUGGGGUUAUGAGCUACAGAACAAAAUACAACCCGUGGAGGAUCAAGCUGAACGUCAAAUUCGCUUUGGAUGUGGAGCGAGUUGGAAGUGAGUGGAUUUUAAAUUUACAAGAGGAUACAAGGAAAAUGGUACACUCCAAAGGGGCGAGUCUGUUACCUUAGUGACAAGGAAUAUAUAUGACAUUGUGUAACCUCAAAAAGGGUCUUAAGGGUUUGAGUCAUGGGAUCUUAUAGUACCCGUUGAAGAACAAGACGUGUAAAGAGUCAGAUUUGAAGGGAUUAUUUCCAGGAAAAUGAUGACUCGCUUUAAGGUGUGCUUUAAGAACAAGUUUGCUUAACAUUCAUACUUUGGGCGAUAAGAGGUGAGGGUGAGAAUAAGUUUAAUGUCGACAUGAAAAUGAAAACUUUGUCCAUGAAAACGUAAAAGCGAGAUUAUCAGUUACUUGUUCCAGCAUUCGUACAGGUCAUGGAAAACCUGGAAAGUCAUGGAAUUUAAGAAUUUCAUUUUCAAGGCCUGGAAAUUCAUGGAAUUUCAUUGACGGUCCUUGAAAGUCAUGGAAAAUUAAAGUUUUGUUUGGUAAAUGGAAAGUCAUGGAACAUGAUUUGAAGAACUCUGUGUUCGGCAACUCCAGGGUGUGGCUUUGACACCUUGCGGAUCAUGGAACAUUUCAGCAUGACAACCAGAGAUGUGGACGUGAAAAGCUACACUAGCAAUAAGAGUAAUUGAAAUGCUGAGGAAAUCCUAUGUGGGGCAUCAAACUAAGAGAGUAAAUUUUUUGAGUUAAAUGAGACGUAAGCUUUUUGGUUGUAGCGUAACGAUUUAUACAGUUGUCGCCACGGGAUGACGUCAAGCUGCCGUUGGGUGCCAGCCCAAAAUGUAUUUUAAAACCCUUCAGUUCCCAAGAGUGACUAGCAUCAAUUUUCUUUUAACAUCAUCAGCAGAUCAUCAAGAGUAAACAUUAUGAAAAUUACUCAAUUGAUUACCAAGGGGAGAAUGCUUUUAUCUUACACCAAAUUCUCCCAACUGUUCUUUAAAGAAAUGUAUGGAGAUCAGUCUGGAGAAUUUUUAUAUGGAUCUUGGGGCCUUAAGGGUUAGUGAAUUGAAUGAAGGGGGUGAUAUCUUUUGUAGUUUGCCACCUUUAAAUGAUCGCCCAAUGCUUUCAAAAUGUAAGUGCAUUAGAAACAGCUACCACGUUUUACAGAGUAGAAGUGCCAUGAGUUCAUAGAGGAUCAAAGUCAUUCAACUCACACGAGAUUGACAACAGUAUGUCAGAAUCAGAGAUUUUAAUCACGUUAGUUUAUAGAAAAGGGC